AUGAUUUACUUAAAAACAAUACUGAACGUCAUCGACAACUCGGGCGCCUCGCUCGUCGAGUGUAUCAAUGUCUUUGGCAAAGGCAACAAGUCCGCCGGCAGAGUCGGCGACAAAAUCGUCGUCGUCGUCCAGCAACUCCGCAGCGCCCGCCUACUCUCCCAGAACGCCGCCAACAGAGUCCAGCGCGGCGACGUCCGUCACGCCGUCAUCGUCCGCACAAAGAAAGAGUGGACACGGCCGGACGGGACCGUCGUGCGGUUCGACGACAACGCGUGCGUGCUUGUGAACAAUCAGGGCGAGCCGGUCGGGUCCCGCGUCAUGGGCGUCGUCGCUCGCGAGUUGCGCGAGAAGUAUUCGAAGAUUGUCGCGUUGGCGCCGAAGGUUAUCUAA